GCUGAAUGGUUGGUUAAUGUCAUCUCGUCUCUUGGCAGAAAUUAAUCAAGCCAAGGAAAAUAUUAAUCAUGUAAUUAAAGUGACUACUAAUUAUCGCACUAAAACAGUGAUAAUGUAUACCCGCUCAAUGAGUUCUGUAUUUUUCGGUGUCUUCCGCUAUGGCGUG